GUUCCUCAUUUGUUUAUUCUUUCACUGAAUAAAAAUCUCUUGAGAGCACACUGCGUGCCACACACAGCUAGAGCACUAGGGAUAAAAAGUGUUUCUGUCUUCAUAGAGAUGACACACUGGGCCAUUUUGAGGCCACCUGGCCUGGCCAUACUCACACCUGUCCUAGCAAGGGUCACAUUCCCUUCAUGUCCCCAAGGCAUGGCCUUUCUCCUUGGCGAAUGGGCCCAGCAGCCACGAAGGUGGACUGUGGUCAUCUCUGUGUCUUUCUGGCUUCGUGCAGCUGAGGGGGAAAUCCCAGCUCCGGACAGAAGGAAUGCUUGGGCCCACAGCCUUCUUCUGGUCUCUCAGACUCAAUCCCAGAUAUUGAUCUCCUUCUUCAGAAAAUCCUGGGGACAUGACAUUACCUCUGGACAGUGAGCGGGAGCUGGGAGGGGUGUGCAUGAUGGGACUACAGAACAUCCACACGUCAGCGGAGGGCCUGUGUGGCAGUAGAGGGCAUCCAGGCUCCAGAGUCAGAGAGAGCUGGGUUUGAACCCAGGUUCCACCACUCCAGGGCUGUGUGUGACCUUUGGUAAGUAUCUUAAUCUCUAGAAGGCUCCAUUUCCCUCCUCUGCAACACGGGACAAUAACAGCCACAUAGCAUGGUGACUCAGAAAUGGUGAUUAUACCAGGUGCUCCAAUCUUGUUUGUCUUGUUUGUUUUUCUGAGGGUCACCACUGCAGGGUUUCUGAGAAAAAAUACGACUGUCACAACCUGGGGAACUGAACCCACACCAACGAAUAGAAGUGACCAGGCCCCUUCUAUGUGUGGAGAGGCGACCCUGACCCUAGAUGGGCUGAUCUUCACCAUUGCCCUCAUCGGGCUGGCAGGAAACGCCGCCGUGCUCUGGCUCCUGGGCUUCCGCAUCAGGAGGAACGCCUUCUCCGUCUACAUCCUCAACCUCGCGGGAGCCGACUUCCUCUUCCUCUGCUGCCAGAUUAUGUAUUCCCUGCGGUCAUUCAUCAAGCGCUCCUGUAAUACCCCCAUAUCCAUCACUGCGUCAAUCUUUGCCUACAUCACAAGCCUGAGUUUUCUCAGCGCCAUUAGCACAGAGCGCUGCCUGUCCAUCCUGUGGCCCAUCUGGUACCGCUUCCACCGCCCCAGACACAUGUCAGCUGUCACGUGUGCACUGCUCUGGGCCCUGUCCCUGCUGCUGAGCAUCCUGGAAGGGAGCUACUGUGGCUUCCUGAUGACGAUUCGUGAUGACACUUGGUGUCAGACAUUUGAUUUCAUCAUUGUCGCCUGGCUGAUUUUCUCAUGUGUGCUUCUCUCCGGGUCCAGCCUGGUUCUGCUGACCAAGCUGCUGUGUGGCUCCCAGCGGGUGCAGCCCCCCAGGCUCUACGUGGCCAUCCUGCUCGCCGUGCUGGUCUUCUUCCUCUGCGGCCUGCCUUUUGGCUACAAGUGGUUUCUGUGUUACUGGAUUCAGGAACUUUGCAGUAAAACAUUUUCACACUUUCUGACACUGACUGGGUUUGUCCUGUCUAGUCUCAGCAGCAGUGCCAACCCCAUCAUUUACUUUUUUGUUGGCUCCUUUAGGCAGCAGUGGCAGCUGUGGCAGCCCCUCAGGUUGGUUCUCCAGAGGGCUUUGGAGGAUGGAACUGAGGUGGAGAAAGUGGAGGAAGCCUUCCCCAGGAAACCAGGGGGACCUCAGGGAGCAGUUUCACGUAGUGAUUCUCCAUCAAGCAGGGUUCAGUCUGAGAAGCAGUAGUCACAGAAGUUUACAUAUAUAACUGUGUAAAACACAUAUAGUGUAAGGAGAUGAUAUAUAUGUGUACAUAUACACUCAUAUGUGGUUCAACUGUCUCUGUAAGGCUGCUGCUUGUCUUACUCUAGAGCUUGAGGUCAGCAGGGCAAACGAGAACCCAGGAGCACAAGUUAAAACACAGGAUAACUGACCGGAAUUCAUGUCAGUCUCUCUCAGUGCCUUCAUUUUGAUGCUAUGCGAGUUCUUCAGAAGUUGGUGGCCCUCGUCAUGGAGCAAAACCACACCUGGUCCAGAGUCAGACGCUGAAGGAGGACCCAAGGGAAAGCGGAGCAGCUCCAGACCCAGCUGCUGCCUCACACCAAUGGGAGGAGUGUGCAUUGGUGUGCCCUUGCACUACUCUUCCAUGCACAAGAACAAUAUGGCUGCUGCUUCACUUCCAACCACCAAAUCUUGGACAGAUUAUCUCCUUUUUUU